ACAGUUUGUCCCUCGGCAUAUACCGUAGCGGCUGUUUUUGUUUAGUGGUUUGUCAUUUCUCCGAGUGUUUAGCAAACUGAAAGGCUUUUUUGUUGUAGUAGUUGUUUGUAAACAUGUGAGAUGUCUAUGUUGCGUAGAGCUAAAACGUGGGAAAUCUCUGAAUCCGAUGCUAGCGACGAUGAAUCAACAACAGAUCUAGACGUUGAUGCUCCCAGCAAACAAACACCAAAGAUCGAACCAGAAGAUGGUCAGGUUCCGAGUUCAGUCGACAAGUCCAAACCAUCUUCUUCAGCUUUAUCUCCCCCGAGACCUGGCGGCUCCGGUACACCAAGUCCAACCCGAAAACGCCGGACCAAGGAGGAGAUCGAGGCGGACAGACGGAGAGCGGAGGAGAGGAAGGAAGCGAGGGAGAAACUGAGAGCCCAUAGGAAGGAGGAGAGGAGGCAGGAGCUGAGCAGGAGGAGAGAAGCUGCGGAGAACCUCAAGAAACUCCGACCAGAGAACUGCAUCAAAACCUUCACUAUUUCCAUUCAUCCAGAUCUUCUGCAGGAUGAAGGCUGUGACUUCUUGCUGGAAACUCUGGUGUGUUUGGAGUGGAGGUUCAACAUUGAUGAGCAGCAGAUCCCUCACAGCAUCACAUGGACCAGAGAUGAGCUUCAGGAGGGGGGAGAAGGCCAGAUCUCUGUAGAAGAUCAAAUUGUUCUCGUUCUGUCUGCAACUGACUUUAUAGACAUGGUGACGUCUGUGAAAAAGAUGCUGGACAAUGUGGAGGAGACCGGAAAAGAGAGCAUCCUUGUUCCUGUUUUGGAGAGUCUCAACCAGGAUCCCAGGAAGGUGGUCACUCUGCUGGUGAUAGAUUCUGAGAGCAGGACAAUGACUUAUAAUGAACCGUUACUCUCAGAGGAUCUACAAUCUGAAUCAAGGAGGGCAAAUCUGGACAUCGAGGAAGUUUUGGUGUACCUCCAGCUCUAUAAAAACAUCUCUUUGGUCUUCCUGGAUGACUGGAAGGACGUCACAGACCACGUGUGUGCCGUCACCAAGGCAUUAUCAAAACGCCCUUUCAAACUCCUGACGGAGAGGGCGGAGCUUCCUUUUUGCGUGGACGGGUCGUGGGCCAGCGGCGCUCGGGUGGAGAGGGACGGCUCCGGGCUGAUUCAGGUGUGGGGUAAGCAGAUCCAGCAGCUGAACCGAGUCAGUCCUGCCGUGGCCUCCACUGUCACCAAAUCCUUCCCGUCGCCUCGCCUCCUGCUGCAGGCUUACCAGAACUUGGACUCAGAGGAGGAGAGGAAGAAGAUGUUGGCCGGUCUGCUGGUGAAAAACGGAGGAAAAGAGCGACGCAUUGGACCCGAUAUAUCAGCCAGAGUCUAUCGCUGCUUCACAGCCCAGAACCCUCAGCUGGUUCUGGACUAGACUAGUCGUAUACAGCAGAACAACCAACCACGUUUUCUUUCUAUGAAAGCACUAUUAGCACAAACUUAAAAAUGUAAUUAAAUAUGAAAAGUAUUAAAAUAUUUGCCAUGCAAAAAAAAGUGGAACUUUCUGUUUGUGUGCAUAAAAAUGAGAUUAAACUGGA